AGUGAUUCCUCGGGAAAGGAGGAGCUAUUUUUAUAUCCCCUGUGUUUGCUCAGUGGGACACUGUCGCUUUAAAUUUGUCAAGCAAAACUAAAUCCAUUCCGCUGGCGGUUCGCAAAUCUAUGCAAAGAGAAACGCAGGGAGAGUACAGUAUCGAAAACGCACAAUCCAGUUUGCAGUCGGGUCGGGUAGCUUCUUGGAAGCGGAUCCCACCCAGUAGAGCCGAGAGGCAACCGCGGAAUCUGUACAACAGGUUGUGAGGGGAAAACAUAACGUCUUAUCUUCUCUCAGUGUUUCACUUUAAAGAUGGACCAGAAAGACACAGAGAUGAAUGAGAAGGGACUGUCUUCCUCGACCAGUGGAGUUGUGGUCCAAGUCAGGGAGAAGAAGGGACCUCUCCGAGCUGCUAUUCCUUAUAUGCCUUUUCCAGUUGCAGUGAUCUGUUUGUUUCUCAACACUUUUGUACCCGGGCUAGGUACCUUUGUGUCAGCAUUCACGGUGUUGUGCGGGGCGCGGACGGAUUUGCCUGACCGACACGUAUGCUGUGUUUUCUGGCUGAACAUUGCCGCGGCCUUCAUUCAGAUUCUUACCGCCAUUGUCAUGGUGGGAUGGAUCAUGAGUAUAUUCUGGGGAAUGGACAUGGUCAUUCUGGCGAUUUCAGAAGGUUACAGGGAUCAAGGAAUUCCUCAGCAACUGUGAAGACAAAGACCACGUUUGAAGUAAGAAAGGAGUCUUCAUGUCUUCAGACCAGGGCAGAAGCCAGCAGACGCCUUUAACGCCAAAGUGGUUGCUGUUUUUACAGGACUGGCUGUCCUACAUGAUCAAUGUGGCAACAUGAAGUACUCUGACUGAGGAAACCAUUCUGGUCCUCUGAAAAGUGAUCUCUGAAAAGAAAUGUACAAACUGUGCCAGGCACAAGUUUUUGAGUGUUCCCAACUCGUUGGGAGAAUUUUGUGUUAGUGCUGGGAGAAAAUCAUUAACAGUUUUCUUCUAGCAUUUACAGCUACUUGGUUAGAUUUUGAUUAGUUUAUUUUACUGGUACAACACAGUAUCUGUGUUUAGCUUCCCCAGAUUUUAUUAUUUGAUGUUAAUCCCCACAAAAGAAAAACAAACUGUCCUUUUAUAUACAGUAUAAUGCAUGGGCAUCUAGUUUUGUGGUAAACAACUCUUUCUAUAAUCCUUUUCUCAAACUUGUCAUGACACACUGUGAUUACCUUGUAUGACAAUUUCUUUUUUAAUCAUUUUUGCUAGGUGUUUUUGUGAAACAUUAUUAUCAUAAACAUCAUUGUAUUGUUGAGUUAAUUGUUCUUGAGCCAGUUGCCAUAGAUACUGUCCACUCACUAAAGGUCUUCAUUUGUACUCAUGAAAUUAAAGAAAUGUAAUUGGUAUUAGA